UCCCCUUCUUCUUCUUUCUCCUUUCCCCUCACUUGCGUCUUUCACUUUCUCUCUGUAAAGACGCACUUGCUCUCUCUCCCUCGCUCUGUCUAUCUCUCCCUGCUAUUUGGAGUUUUCCAUUACAGUUCUGUUGUUGGAGAUCGAGAUGGAAUUCGAGGGGCGUUACGGACAGGUUCAGAGGCAAAAGUAUGACUGCCUUUUAUUUGACCUGGAUGAUACUCUUUAUCCCUUAAGUUCGGGUCUGGCAGCUGGAUGCCUCAAAAAUAUUCAAGAUUAUAUGGUUGAAAAGCUUGGGAUACACAAGACCAAAAUCCCUGAUUUGUGUAACCUUCUCUACAAAAAUUACGGGACCACCAUGGCGGGCCUUAGGGCAGUCGGUUAUGAUUUUGACUAUGAUGAUUAUCAUAGCUUUGUCCAUGGGAGAUUACCUUACGACAAUUUAAAGCCCGAUCCCGUUUUGAAGAGCCUUUUGUUAGGCUUGCCUUUCCGCAAACUGAUCUUCACAAAUGCUGAUGAGGCCCACGCCACCAAAGUUCUAAGCAGAUUGGGGUUGGAAGGUUGUUUCGAAGGCAUUAUAUGCUUUGAGACCCUCAAUCCCACUCAUAAGACCACAGUUUCUGAUGACGAGGAUGAUAUUGAAUUUGUGGGCUCAACAACACCUGGCUCAAUCCCUGGCUCCCGUAGCUCCGACAUAUUUGAUAUAAUCGCACAUUUUGCUCAACCUAAUCCUAGCGCAGCAUUGCCGAAGACCCCAAUAGUUUGUAAGCCAUCAGAAGCUGCCAUUGAACGGGCUCUCGAGUUGGCCAACAUCAAUCCACACAGAACGCUGUUCUUUGAGGAUAGCGUAAGAAAUAUUGAAGCCGGGAAACGUGUAGGUCUGCAUACUGUACUGGUGGGCACCUCUCAAAGAGUUAGGGGUGCAGAUUAUGUCUUAGAAAGCAUCCAUAACAUUAGGGAAGCAAUACCAGAACUCUGGGAAGCCGACAAGAUGGCUGAAGUCAAUUACUCUGGAGUUGCGGUAGAAACGUCUGUGACAGCAUAGCUAGCUCAGACAAAAGCGUUGGCGGUUUGAAGGAGAAAUCAAUCGAGUUCAUGGGAUCUCUGUGUCAUCCCAGCUGCUGUCCAAUUGGUUAAAAUAAUCUAAAUGGUUCAUAAUGAUGUUCUUAGGUAGAAUAGUAAUAUAUUAUUUAACGUUCUUUCGACGAGCGAGUGAUCAUAAUAAACCUUGUAAAUAACCAAACCAACCUCCUUGGUCUUAAUCAAUGCAAUCGUCAGCUUCUCGUCUCCA